GUUUUUGGAGAACUGAAGUCUCAGUCUCUCUGCAGAGAGAAAGAGAGAAGGCCUUGGGUGUGAGAAUUUGGUUUAUUUUUCUUCUCACUUUUGUAUUAUGAGCAGUGGACAAAGAAGACUUCUUCUCUGAAGAAGAUGGCAAUACAACAAAAUGAGGAUCAACAGAUCACGCAGCAACAAACUCAAUCAUUCUUGUUGGAUGGUCUUUACUGUGAGGAAGAACACUGGGAGGAGGAGGAGGAGGAGGAAGAGGAGAGGGUUUAGAGAGGGAAAACAACUUCAACAAUGGAAGGAACCCUUCUCGUCACCCUAUGCUCUUAUUGGAACAAGAUCUGUUUUGGGAAGAUGAAGAGCUCCUCUCUCUCUUCUCCAAAGAACAACAAGCCCAUCUCUGCUUUGACAAUGUUGAGGCUGAUUCUUCUCUCCUCUUGGCUAGAAGAGAAGCUGUGGAUUGGAUGCUAAAUGUCAAUGCUCAUCAUGGGUUUUCAACUUUGACUGCUAUACUUGCCAUUAAUUACCUUGAUAGGUUUCUCUCUAGCCUUCAUUUUCAGAAAGAUAAGCCAUGGAAGAUUCAACUUGCAGCUGUAACUUGUCUUUCUUUGGCUGCUAAGGUUGAAGAGACCCAAGUGCCCCUCCUCCUAGACCUUCAAGUGGAAGGCACAGAGUAUGUGUUUGAAGCCAAACAUAUUCAAAGAAUGGAGCUUUUGGUGCUGUCAAGUCUUCAAUGGAGGAUGAACCCAGUGACCCCAAUUUCAUUUCUUGAUCAUAUUAUAAGAAGGCUUGGAUUGAAGAUCCAUCUCCAUUGGGAAUUUCUCAGGCGGUGUGAGAGUCUCCUCCUCUCUGUUGUGGCUGAUUCGAGAUUCGCACGUUAUCUACCUUCUGUAUUGGCAACGGCAACAAUGCUUCACGUUAUUCAACAUGUUGAGCCUCGUAAUGCCAUUGACUACCAAAACCAGCUUCUUGGUGUUCUCAAAAUCAGCAAGGAGAAAGUGAAUGAUUGCUACCAACUCAUUGUGGAACUAUCAAACACUUGUGUGUAUGGACAAAACAAGCACAACAAGCGCAAGUAUCAACAAAUUCCAGGAGGCCCAAGUGGUGUAAUUGAUGUAUAUUUGAGUUCUGAUAGUUCAAAUGAUUCUUGGGCUGUGGGUUCAUCAUCGGUUUGUUCAUCACCUGAACUACUCUUCAAAAAGACCAGAGUUCAUGAACAGCAGAUGAGAUUGCCUUCACUCAGCAGGGUGUUUGUAGAUGCUGUUGGCAGUCCUCGUUAAACACCAACUCUCUCUCUCUCUCUCUCUCUCUCUGAAUUCACAUUAGGCUUAUAUCUCAUAUGGUGCAUGUGAUACUGCUUCUAUCCCUCUGUUUCCAACUUUCAAACCAGUGUCAGUAUAGAUGAGAAGAUGAAAGGAAGAGUUGGUUGCAGACGGGGGGGGAAAUGCAGUAUAGACAGAAGUAAUUAAGAAUAUCUGCACUGUUUCUUUCUAUGUUUCUCUCCCUCUCUCUCUCUCAGGUCUCUUUCGAGCUUACCUUAUAUGGACAUUAAUAUUCUACUACAUUCAAGAGAAUUUUUGUAUUUGUUUGUAUUCAUGUCAAUUAAUUCUAACUUUCAAAUUCAGAUUCACC